AUGGUUUCAAAUUACUAUCUUUUAUCUUUUGUCGUAUCAUGUUUAAUCAUACUGCGAGUGAAUUCUUCAGUUAUACUCGAUGAACGAUAUUCACCAUUGUUCGAAAGUGACGAACUUACGAGCGAAGAAAAUAGUGAUGAAGUUGAUGUAUCACAACGAUCAGCUAAUUUCAUUUUUCCUCCAACGUCUUUUAUAAGUCCAUUGGGUCGGAUAAAUGAUUACAAUCCAGCCAAACGACAAUCAUUUGGUCGAAAACAUCACUGGGAUGCAUUUUUCGGUUGA